GCGCAGCCAAUGGGCGGGCGCGGGGGACGGGGCGGGCACUGGCGGACAGGUCCUCGCCCCGCCCCUUCCGCUCCGGCCUGACCUUCCUGCCCCAGCCGACUGAGGACUCGGCGACCGCGGACACCAUGGUGACUUACUGGCGGCAGGCCGGACUCAGCUACAUCCGGUUCUCCCAGAUCUGCGCAAAGGCAGUGAGGGAUGCCCUGAAGACAGAAUUCAAGGCAAACGCAGAGAAGUCUUCCGGCAGCAGCAUAAAAAUUGUGAGGGUGAAGAAGGAGUGAUUGACCCUGACUGAAGCUUGCAGUCCUGCGUCCUGACAGUGAAGAUGUGGACACCUGCUGUGGCUCACAGUCAGCCUCGCUUCAUGAAGAAAAGAUGUCUUGUUCAUAAAUCGAUGAUGCCAAUAAAUUAACAUAGUUCACUCUU